UAAGCUCAGCUGGACAGCAGCCCCUUCCCGGCUCGGAGGCCCUGGCGAGAGCCCACCGUCCAGCGUCCAGCGCCAUGGCAGUCCCCGCGGGCCCCGGCAGCAGGGUGAAGUGGCUGGUCUGGGUGCUCCUGGCCUGCCCCCUGGCAGCGGCACAGCCGCUUACAGACGCCACUCUGGAUCACCACUGGCACCUGUGGAAGAAGACCUACGGCAAGGAGUACCGAGAGGAGAAUGAGGAGGCUGCGCGGCGCCUCAUUUGGGAAAAGAACCUGAGACACGUGAUGCUGCACAACCUGGAGCACUCGAUGGGCAUGCACUCGUACGACCUGGGCAUGAACCACCUGGCAGACAUGACCAGCCAGGAAGUGGUGGCGCUCAUGGGUCUCUUGAGCGUCCCCAACCAGAGGCAGAGGAACGUCACUUACAAGUCCACCCCCAACCGGACACUGCCCGACUCGGUGGACUGGAGGGAGAAGGGCUGUGUGACGGAGGUCAAGUACCAGGGUUCGUGUGGGUCGUGCUGGGCGUUCAGCGCCGUGGGGGCCCUGGAGGCGCAGCUGAAGCUGAAAACCGGGAAGCUGGUAUCCCUGAGUGCCCAGAACCUGGUGGACUGCUCGACCUGGAAGUACUUUAACAAGGGCUGCGAGGGCGGCUACAUGACCGAGGCGUUCCAGUACAUCAUCGACAACGGCGGCAUCGACUCGGACGCCUCCUACCCCUACAAGGCCGUGGACGGGAAGUGCAAGUAUGACUCGAGAAAUCGAGCUGCCACGUGUUCCAAGUACAUCGAGCUGCCCUCCGGCGACGAGGAGGCCUUGAAGGAAGCCGUGGCCAGCAAAGGGCCCGUGUCGGUGGCCAUCGACGCGAGCCACACGUCCUUCUUCCUCUACAGGAGCGGUGUGUACGACGAGCCGGCCUGCAACCGCACGGUGAACCACGGCGUCCUGGUGGUUGGGUACGGGACCCUCGGCGGGAAGGACUACUGGCUGGUGAAGAACAGCUGGGGCCUCACCUUUGGUGAGCAAGGAUAUAUUCGGAUGGCGAGAAAUAAUAAAAACCACUGUGGGAUUGCAAGUUAUCCCUCCUACCCGGAAAUGUAGAGGAUCUCUUCUUUUUAUAACAAGACAAGAACUAGGAAACACUUUCUCGAAUUAAUUUUACCUGCUGUAAUCAACAGAAACAAGCGUGGUGAUGGAUGUACAAUCAGUGUACUAACAAAGCCUAGUCUGACUCUUGCACUUUUUAUGUUUUCAGAUCUUGGAAAAUGUUUGCCAAGUAAAUUAACAGUGUACCAUAGAUACAACUGUACAAGAACUUUUAAACCCAAGACAAUCUGCUGUGUUUGCGUGAUUGUUUAAUUUUGUGCUGUGUCUUUUUAAGUCCCCUGACUUUUUGUAACUUGAUGACUCAAUAAAUGUUUUUUCAGCUUUA